GUUUCUCGCCAGUCAAUCGGCCCAGCAGCCCGGUUCCGGCCCUGCGGGGUCUCGGUACCGGGUUUGUCGCCCCGGUUCCCGGCCCCGGCUGGUCUCCCGGCCCGCAGCCCCGGUCGGGUGUCGGGACUCCCCAGCCCCAGCCCAGCGGUCCCCUCGCCCUCCGCCGGCCCGGCCCAAGCCGUCCUCGCCGCCCCAUGGAGUCCCAGUGUGACUACUCCAUGUACUUCCCGGCGGUGCCGCUGCCGCCGCGCGCGGAGCUGGCGGGGGACCCGGGCCGGUACCGGUCGCUGCCCCGGCGCAACCAUCUCUACCUGGGGGAGACUGUCCGCUUCCUGCUGGUGCUGCGCUGCCGGGGAGGCGCGGGGCCCGGCGCCGGGGGCGGCGCGGGCUUGGGCUCCCGGGGAGCCUGGGCAGAACUGGCAACGGCCCUGGCCGCCCUGGCUUCGGUCAGCGCCGGAGGCGGGGCGCCCGGGGGCGGUGGCUCCGGAGACCAGGAUCCCGAACCCCCAGGGGGCGGGGAUCCUGGCGGUGGGGCGUUGUUCCGAGGCUGCAGCCCCCUCCUCACCCACGGCCCGGGCCCUGCUACCUCAGGGGGAGCGACCACGCUGCCUGUGGAGGAACCAAUUGUGUCCACAGAUGAGGUCAUCUUCCCACUCACCGUUUCACUGGAUAGACUGCCCCCAGGGACACCUAAGGCCAAGAUUGUAGUGACUGUGUGGAAACGGGAGGUUGAGGCACCAGAGGUCAGAGAUCAAGGCUACUUGCGCUUGCUGCAGACCCGAUCUCCCGGGGAGACCUUCCGGGGGGAGCAGAGCGCUUUCAAGGCCCAAGUGAGCACCCUGCUGACUCUGCUGCCCCCUCCAGUUCUGAAAUGCCGCCAGUUCACUGUGGCUGGAAAACACUUGACCGUGCUCAAGGUGCUGAACAGCUCCUCCCAGGAGGAAAUUUCCAUCUGGGACAUCCGUAUUCUCCCAAACUUCAAUGCUAGUUAUCUACCUGUCAUGCCCGAUGGCUCUGUGCUCCUAGUGGACAAUGUCUGUCACCAAUCUGGGGAAGUCUCCAUGGGCUCCUUUUGCCGGCUCCCUGGUACCUCUGGCUGCUUCCCCUGCCCGCUUAGUGCCCUGGAGGAACACAACUUCCUGUUCCAGCUGAGAGGGGGGGAGCAACCCCCUCAAGGGGCCAAGGAGGGCCUAGAGGUUCCCCUGAUUGCUGUGGUUCAGUGGUCUACCCCGAAGCUGCCCUUCACCCAGAGCAUCUACACCCACUACCGCCUGCCCAGCAUCCGCCUGGACCGCCCAUGCUUUGUGAUGACUGCCUCUUGUGAGUCCCCCGUUCGGACUUAUGAGCGGUUCACUGUUACCUAUACACUGCUCAACAAUCUCCAAGACUUCCUUGCUGUGAGGCUUGUGUGGACCCCGGAGCAUGCACAGGCUGGAAAGCAGCUGUGUGAGGAGGAGCGACGGGCCAUGCAGGCAGCCCUGGACUCCAUUGUCUGCCACACGCCCCUCAACAACCUAGGCUUUUCCCGGAAAGGCAGUGCGCUCACCUUCAGUGUGGCCUUCCAGGCUCUGAGGACGGGACUCUUUGAGCUGAGCCAGCACAUGAAACUGAAGCUGCAGUUCACAGCCAGUGUGUCCCACCCUCCGCCUGAGGCCCGGCCCCUCUCUCGAAAGAGCAGCCCUAGCAGCCCUGCUGUCCGGGACCUGGUGGAGAGACACCAGGCUAGCCUGGGCCGUUCUCAAUCCUUCUCUCACCAACAGCCGUCCCGCAGCCACCUCAUGAGGUCAGGCAGCGUGAUGGAGCGCAGGGCCAUCACGCCUCCUGUGGCCUCGCCUGUGGGCCGCCCCCUCUACCUGCCCCCGGACAAGGCUGUGCUUUCUCUGGACAAGAUUGCCAAGCGUGAGUGCAAGGUCCUGGUGGUGGAGCCUGUCAAGUAGCACCAUGCAGGCUCUCCUCCCUCUUACCUCCCAGAAACCAAAAGGCCCUGGAGAGGGUCCUGGCUCCAGACUCUGCCUCCCCUGGGAUGCCUUCCACCGUGGAUGAGGAGGCCCAAGAAGGCCACCUGUCUGUGUCUGCUGAUGAGGGACGAGGGGAGAAGCUGUAAAAUGGGCGGGUACGGCUACAGCACUAAGCCAACAGUAUUUCUUCAUCUCCCUUGGGGGGGGGGGGAAGGCCCCACCCCGAGGCCAGGGUAGGGACUUCAAGAGCUCCCUUGCCCCCCUUCCAUUCCCCCCCCCACCCUGUACCCUGGUUCUAAGUUUACAAAGUGUAUUCCUUGUUCCUAUUAAGUUGUCUCUCCUGCCUCUGACAUUCCCUCCCUCCCACCCACCUGCAGGGCUGAGAUUAGAGGGUGGUGAUGGUAAAGGGACCCGGACAAUGACCCUCCUGUCUCAGGGGAAAGGGGAGAUAGCCAGGUGGCCUCCUCCUGCCCCUUAUGUUUACGUUUGCAGCCUGAAGCACUUUAAGUUGUGUGGGGUUUUCUUUUUUUUUUCUGUUUGUUUUUUUUAAUCUAUCUGUUCCUGUAACUUAUUCUCCAAUUACUGCUUCCAACUGAAAUAAGACUAUUAAAUGCCUGUUCAGGAGGGGGAA